AUGAUUUGGAGGGAACUUACACGGCAGCAAGGGAAGCUCGACAAAGCGGAGGAUUACAAGGGCUUACAGCAGCACCAGACACAAGGCUCGGAAUCUGUGGCAGUCACAAAAUGCAAAUGUGCCCGACAAUGCACAAACAACAAUGCUCCAUCAAAGGUUACACUACAUCUACCUACAAUCAGACCUCCAGUUAUCCUGACCAACAUCACCGGAGGAAGCCACAGCCAGCCCCCAGAGGAAGCCACAGCCAGCCCCAGAGGAAGCCACAGCCAGCCCCCAGAGGAAGCCACAGCCAGCCCCCAGAGGAAGCCACAACCAGCCCCCCGGAGGAAGAAGCCACAGCCAGCCCCCAGAGGAAGCCACAACCAGCCCCCCGGAGAAGCCACAACCAGCCCCCGGGAGAAGGAAGCCACAACCAGCCCCCGGGAGGAGGAAGCCACAACCAGCCCCCGGGAGGAGGAAGCCACAACCAGCCCCCGGGAGGAGGAAGCCACAACCAGCCCCCGGGAGGAGGAAGCCACAACCAGCCCCCGGGAGGAGGAAGCCACAACCAGCCCCCAGGAGAAGGAAGCCACAACCAGCCCCCGGGAGGAGGAAGCCACAACCAGCCCCCGGGAGGAGGAAGCCACAACCAGCCCCCGGGAGGAGGAAGCCACAACCAGCCCCCGGGAGGAGGAAGCCACAACCAGCCCCCGGGAGGAGGAAGCCACAACCAGCCCCCGGGAGAAGGAAGCCACAACCAGCCCCCUGGAGGAGGAAGCCACAACCAGCCCCCAGGAGGAGGAAGCCACAACCAGCCCCCAGGAGAAGGAAGCCACAACCAGCCCCCCGGGAGGAGGAAGCCACAACCAGCCCCCGGGAGGAGGAAGCCACAACCAGCCCCCAGGAGAAGGAAGCCACAACCAGCCCCCAGGAGAAGGAAGCCACAACCAGCCCCCGGGAGGAGGAAGCCACAACCAGCCCCCGGGAGGACGAAGCCACAACCAGCCCCCCGGGAGGAGGAAGCCACAACCAGCCCCCGGGAGGAGGAAGCCACAACCAGCCCCCGGGAGAAGGAAGCCACAACCAGCCCCCGGGAGGAGGAAGCCACAACCAGCCCCCGGGAGGAGGAAGCCACAACCAGCCCCCGGGAGGAGGAAGCCACAACCAGCCCCCGGGAGGAGGAAGCCACAACCAGCCCCCAGGAGGAGGAAGCCACAACCAGCCCCCGGGAGGAGGAAGCCACAGCCACACAAACGAUCAUGGCGGGAUUAUGACAUCAUUAACCGUCUGGGAAGUCUGAGAAUGACUUUAAUCAGAUGA